ACGAGGGUUCAACGGUCCAAUAUGUUGUAGUAACAGUGUUACAUGAUUAUUCUGAAUAGCACCGAUUCUUCCAGAAAAUGACAUUUUGUCAGGUGACAAUAGAUGGUAACUGCUACACGAAACGUGCGAGAGCGCAAUGCGAACCACACACUUUCACAAAUCGCUGAUGCAGGCUUUGGUUACAGGUGUAACAUGUGGCCACAAACAUAUGUUUCGGCUACGGAUCCCUCCACCAUAAAAACGCGAAUUAAACGGGAGCGCAUAUGCGCAACACGCUCAGUGAUUAUGUUUAGUAUUUUCAAGAUAUUUGGAGGAAAUACGUCGGGGCUGGUGUUGUUUUCGUGGGAGGAAAACGGUUGAGGAUAUGUUGGGAGAUGAGGAUUGAUUUGUUUCACCUUACUAGGAAGUGAGCGCUGUGUCCGGGAAGGGGAGGGACUCCGACGACAAGUCUGGGGCGCUGCUGUGCUACUUACAAGGGCUGCACCAGUGCAACGUUUUUAAUCCUAAAUACAGGAUUCGAUGCUUCUUGUUUAUUUCUGCUUAAGUAACCGAGAGUCCCGCUUCAAAGAAUCGCGGUUUCUGAUUUUUGUUUAACAGCGCGUUUAGCACGCCUGUGCCCGGGCCGGCCUGCACGCUGUGCAUGUGCAAAGGGUGGGAAAAGCCUAUAGCGCAGGCUGAAGGCAGUCGGGCUUGUUACUGCCACAAACGUACGUCAAGUUGUCCGUGAACUUUGUCACAUUUCGGAGCCAUGUUCAGCCCGCUGUUGGUGAGAAACGGCAAGAGAGCGAUAUCGGUAAUCGGCGGGGGGCGCAGAGGCACCGACGCACUUUCAGGAGUUCACCCGACUGCGCGGCGCUUCAUCAUAGAUAUGUCCUACUCAGCGCACUUCAUGGAUUUUAAAGGAUCCUCCAUACCGAGCAGCAUGAAAAAGCUGGUCGUAAACAAGCUUAGUCCUAAUUUCAGAGAGGCCGUUUCUAUGCAAACCGCUGCGGUUCCGACACCCGGAGACGCGGACUUGCUCGUCAGAAAUCGUUUUGUGGGUAUCAACGCCUCUGAUAUUAACUACUCUGCAGGCCGCUACGACCCUUCGGUGAAGCCCCCCUUCGAUGCCGGAUUCGAGGGUAUUGGUGAGGUUGUUGGCCUCGGCCUUAGCGCCAGCUCCCGUUACACCAUCGGGGACACUGUGGCCUACUUCGGCAGCGGUGCGUUUGCUGAGUAUACGGUGGUGCCAGCCAAGGAAAGUGUGCCUGUCCCCGCGGUGAAGGCAGAGUUCCUCACCCUGCUGGUCAGUGGCGCCACGGCCUACAUCGCCUUGAAACGUCUGGGGGACCUGGCCAAAGGUGAGACGGUCCUGGUCACAGCUGCUGCAGGAGGAACGGGACAGUUUGCCGUGCAGUUUGCCAAACAGGCCGGUUGUCACGUGAUUGGGACCUGCUCAUCCGAUGAGAAAGCUGGCUUCCUUAAAUCCAUUGGCUGUGACAGGCCGAUCAACUACACCACGGAAGACCUGGCAAAGACGCUGAGGAAAGAGUACCCAGAAGGCAUAGACGUGGUGUAUGAGUCAGUUGGAGGCAGCGUCUUAGAACUCGCAGUGAACAGUUUGGCCAACAAGGGCCGGCUGAUAGUGAUUGGCUUCAUCUCAGGGUACCAGACCUCAUCAGGAAUCCCGCCCUUCAAAGGGGGAACACUACCAGUCAAGCUGCUGCAGAAGUCGGCCAGCAUUCGGGGUUUCUUCCUGCCCCACUUCCUCAGUGACUACAGGGAGGCUCUGGGUAGCAUGAUGCAGAUGUUUGUCAAAGGGAAGCUAGUGUGUGAGGUGGAUGGUGGGGAGAUGGCAGAGGAGGGGAGGUUCAUAGGCCUGGAGUCAGUCUUCCGGGCUGUGGACUACAUGUAUGCUGGGAAAAAUCUGGGCAAGGUGGUGGUGGAUGUGGCACCACCCUCUGUUAGUAAUAGUAAGCUGUGAUCUAACUGAUUGUUAAUGCACUAAAAAAAAAAAAAUCAUACUUGAAUUCAAAUGAUCAAAAUGUAGGACUAAUAAAUUAAAAUACAGAUUAUGUUCUUUAUUUUUGUAAGAUGAUUGAUAUAGCACUAUAAGUAAAUUAUUUUAUGAAUAAACAUAAUGAGCAACUUUA